AAGACGGCAGCAGUGCACACUGUGGUUGAAAUCAAACUAAACAAAGGCUUGAACAUGGAUCUGAGGCACAGGAUGCUGAGAGCUCAUCUCAUUUUAUUGUUCGUAACCAGUAUUUUCAGUGCUUCAGUGUUUUCUGAUGUCCCACCCCCCACGUUCAUCUUGAACUCAUCACACUCUACCGUCUCACCUGGGGAGGCUGUUCGGUUCAGAUGUACCUCUCUGAACACAACCUGCAUCUCUGCAAACUUCUCUUUGUACAAAAAUGGGGAAUCAAUAAAAACUGAAACAGCUGAAUCUUUAGCGACGUUCGAUUUGACUGUGGAUUCCUCACAUCAGGGCCUGUACAGCUGUGACUAUUCAUACCACGGAAACAACAUCACAUCACCUAGGAGCAGCUCGAUUAACAUUACUGUGGUGAACUUGCUGCAGCCCAAUAUCUCCUUCAGUGCUCCUGAUGGAUGGUUUGACUGGUGGCUUCAAGGGUCAGAGGUGAUCAGGGGCCACAGCUUCUCCAUCAUCUGCUCCACUCAAACACAGCACCCAGGAAGCUCCUUCCACUUGGAGUUCAAUGGAUCCAGAAACAGAAAUCAGUCAGCUAUUAACCAGUCAAUCACCUUCUUCUUUCCUGAGGCAGAUUUUGUCCACCAGGGAAACUACAGCUGUGUUUAUGAAGUAAACGUGUCUUCACGCACCUUUAACUCUCCUACCACUGAACUCUUGGCUGUCACUGUGAAAGUGUCACCAAUUCCCUUCAUGGCUUCUGGAGUGGCAGCAGGACUGUUACUCAUAUUAGUGCCAAUCAUCUUUUUCUUUACAAAGAGAUGUAAAAAACAAAAAGGUCAGAUGGCUGUGGAGACAGAUCAUAGAGUUUGUGCCAAAAACACAUACGGGACUGCAAGAAGGAAGAAUGAGAUGGAUGAUGAAGAUUAUGAAAAUGCAGAAACUAUUUUUCACCAGAGAGAAGAUUCAGAUGUUUGUGAUGUGGACUAUGUCAAUAUGGAGGGUAAUGUGGGGAAUAUGGCACUGGGCAAUGACUUUGCAGGGAACAAGAUGGACAAUGACAAAGAUGAUUACGAAAAUGCAGCAGUCACUGUCCACCAGAGGAAGGAAUCGGAUGACCCUGAUGAGGGCUACAUUGACUUAGAAAAAAUGGCCAUGGACAAUCACUUUGAUGAUGAAAUAUUGUGAA